AUGUCCACUCGCCCAGAUCGCGUCUCGUUGGCGCGUAAUCACCACCCGCCAUCCCCGUUUGCUCGCGCCCGCGACUCCAUCUACGAGUUCGAUCUCGAGGCCUCCAAUUUCCCGACCCCGUCGAAACAAGAUGGCGCUCAUUCUCGUCCCGGAUAUCGCACAAGCACAUUAGCUGGCGCCUAUCGAGCAGCGUCACGCGCGUCAAUGGAGGAAAUCAUCCAGCUCAGCCCGCGCCGAAAACAGGAAGCUUUCGCCAUGCGUUCCUCCUCCUCGGAAUCUAAUCCACCACAUGGAUUCAACGACUUGGACCGGGCGCGCACGAAGAGAGGAUCAUCAGGGAUCUCUUGCCGGCAGAUGGUGGACCAGGAAUACCAUGAGCAGUAUCACGGUGGUCUUGCUUUAUCCGACGCAACCGCUCAUGAUGAUUACGGGCGCGCGUCACCUCGCCGAAGGACCUCUUACACCAACGAUGAAGAACGAUUAAGACGGGUGACGGGCAGAGAUUCCCCUGUGUUCAGUAAAGCCAAGAGCGGCACACGAGCUUCAUUGACGGCAGAAAAUCUCCAAAGGCGAGAAUAUGAGCAGCAUCGACAAACGCAAGAUCUACCGAUUUCACAAGAUGACGACGGUAUUGGCCGUUCUUUGAAUCUUCCGUCUGGAUGGGGAAGCCGAGCAAAACGCAACUAUGACCAGUGGAAGCGCAAAUCUAGCCAGAACUCCCUUUCUGAUUCACAGGAAGACGUUGAAAAUUCAAGGACAGCUGGAAAUGCCCCUAUUGCUGCAACCCAAGCCGAAGACCCAUCAAUCCCUGAACCCAUGCGUGUGCCUGCACAAAGUGGCGAUGCGCAAGAGCCACAAGCGAAUGGCAAGGUGUCGCGCGCUGGCCAAAGUCCAAUUGUGGACCAGGUGAAAACGCCGGAACCACCGAAGCUAUUCGAAAGCAAGAUAUACGAUAAAACGCCGAGGGUUACCGGAGCCUGGAUCGAUACCCCACUGACUGAGAGAGUGGCCGAUCGAGUGACCGAGCUACCAGAUGAUUUGACUAAAGACGAUGUUGUGCCUGCACCUGCGCCGGUAGAUCCCGAGCCUCCGACACAAGAAGCCCAAUCCGUCGAGCGAAACCAGCCAAAGGUCGAAGAAGCACACGAAAAAUCCACCUCAAAUGAUUCCCCAAAAGAGCAGAAGAAGCCAGCAACUUCAAAACGACCCCAACCGGUAGUCAGCCGGCCAAAAUUACCAAAGAGUGGCCUUGAUACACUUAUUGAGGAUCUGCGUUCUGGAAGAGAGAAGCUGGACUUCGAGUUGGGAGAUGAUACCCUUGAGUCUCUCGAAGAAAUCAUGAACGACCCUACAGAGCCUAAAGCAGAAGAAGAGGACGCUGCAUGUGAAGAAAAGGCCCUCAAGAGAUCUAAGCCGGCUCCCGCAGAAGUCAACGUCGAUCGCGCCCUCGAAGGAUUCGACCGAAUAUGUGACAGAGUAGGACGCCUGACCAACGAAAUGGCAAACAUCAAAUCGAGCGUCUACAGCCGUUGGCUCACAGAGCGCAAAGCAGAAGAAGAGGAAGCUGCAUGUGAAGAAAAGGCCCUCAAGGUCAGCCAACCAAAAUUAUCUCAGAGUGCCCUUGACACAAUCGUUGAGAACAUGAAAUCUGAAAUGGAGAAGCUGGAGCUCGAGAUCGGGGAAAAUCCCUAUGAGUAUUUCCGCAAAAUCAUGAACGAUCUCAGAGCGCUUACAACAGAAGAAGAGGAAGCUGGUCCGAGCCGUGCCCGCCUCGCCCGACUAAAUGAUAAAUUAACCUCUCUGGCAAAUCACAUGGAGGAUCUCAAAUCAGGUCUCAACAACCUUGAGGGCCGCAUCAUCUUGGGCUCUCAAAUUUCAUCGCAGCCAAUGGGACAAAACGAAGUGAACUCUCACGGCCUGCAACCAGCGACUCGCGGCAACUUCGUGCAAUGGGACGAUCUGCCACGCCUGUGGGCUCGACACCCUGUCUCAAGGCGGCUUCAGCUCACUAUCCUUGGAAAAUUCACUUUGGCGUCACUGGUUUGGUAUGUGAUCGAGUGCGCGAUGGAAGAGCUGUACUGCCAGCCAAUCCAGACAAGCAACCGAGGCAGCUUUUGCUUGCAAACCGAUGCACCCCAGUUUCCCCUGGUGACCGUGACGAUGCUCUGGCGAUGGUCUCAUUUAUCUGCCCUUCUUGCUCCUAUCAUGACUAUUUCAGUCGCCCUCUUCCGAUUCGUGGCGCAAUUACUGGGUCUCUCGGAUGGCUUCGUGGAGGAACCACCGCAACUUGGAAGGCUCGUGGGCGAGGUCCGCAUUAAUGGCACCCCAGUACCAUUUUCUUGGCUCGAAUCGCCAUCUGCGCCACCCACUGUUGGAAGUGUUGCACCACCACAGCAAACCGUUUGGACUUCUCAGAAAGAGGCGCCUGUCAGAUGGGAAGAGUCUUCGAUGGAUGACGAUGAGUAUCUAUAG